ACACUUGUUUGCUAUACAUACAACAAUAAUAUUAAACUCUAAAUGAAUAUAGCUUUUCUGUUAAACACUUCUACUGUCAGCUUCAUUCAUUGCUUCCUUUCCCUCCAAUCCAAAGCCUAAAAAAGAACUAAUUUUUGUUUUCUUUGGUAUUAGUUUUGUGGUUCCUGCAAACAUUUCUCAGCCAUUAGCUAGCCUUCUGCUACUAAUCUAAAUUAAGCUGAUAAACAAAGGGUGAUUAACAAGGCAGAGUCACCAUGUUAAUAUUUUGGAUUCUAGUGUUCAUGGUGUUUAAUAAAGGAGUUACUCUAAAUGGGGUCACUACAAGACCAAGAAGGUUGAAUGUUGGAGCUAUUAUGUCAUUCAAUACUACUGUAGGAAAAGUUGCAAGAAUUGCAAUAAAAGCAGCUGUUAAUGAUGUGAAUUCUAACCCCUCUAUUCUUGGUGGAACUGAGCUAAAUAUAAAAAUUCAGGAUACAAAUUAUAGUGGAUUUCUGGGCAUUAUAGAGGCUUUAAGGUUCAUGGAAGGUGAUACUGUGGCUAUAAUUGGUCCUCAAUCCUCAGUUACAGCUCAUGUUGUAUCCUUUGUAGCAAAUGAACUUCAAGUUCCUCUAAUGUCAUACUCAGCUACAGACCCUACUCUUUCUUCACUUCAAUUCCCAUUUUUUGUGAGAACAUCACAGAAUGACCUGUUUCAAAUGGCUGCCGUAGCUGCAAUUGUUGAAUAUUAUGGAUGGAGAGAAGUUAUAGCAAUCUAUGGAGAUGAUGAUUAUGGUAGAAAUGGGAUAGCUGCAUUAGGCGAUAAGCUUGCAGAGAAAAGGUGUAAAAUCUCAUACAAAGCACCUUUGAGCCCUCAAGCAACCAAUGAUGAGAUUACUGAUGCACUAGUAAAGGUUGCUUUAACUGAGUCUAGAAUUCUGGUUGUUCAUAGUUUUGCCACAUGGACUCCAGAUGUUUUCCGUGUUGCUCAAUAUCUGGGCAUGAUGGGGCUUGGAUAUGUAUGGAUAGCUACUAAUUGGCUUUCCACUCUCAUGGAUACUAGUUCUCCUCUAUCUACAGAAUUGACUGAUAACAUUCAAGGAGUUAUUACAUUGAGAAUGUACACACCAGAUUCAGAACUCAAAAGAGAAUUCAUUUCUAGGUGGAGCAACUUGACUAGUGGAGAAACAGCUUAUGGCCAGAUUGGAUUGAAUACUUAUGGUUUAUAUGCCUAUGACACAGUAUGGCUGCUCGCGCGUGCUCUUGAUGCAUUUUUCGAUCAAGGAGGAAAUAUUUCAUUUUCUAAUGAUUCAAAGCUAACUGAACUUCGCGGAGGGGAUUUACAUCUUGAUGCAAUGAGUAUCUUUAAUGGAGGAAACCUGUUGCUUAAAAACAUAUUUCAAGUUAAUAUGACAGGUGUAACAGGUCAAGUCCAGUUUAGUCCUGACGGGAACCUCAUUCAUCCUGCGUAUGAAAUCAUCAAUGCGAUUGGCACAGGGUAUAGAAAGAUCGGUUAUUGGUCUAACUAUUCUGGUUUAUCAGUUGCACAUCCUGAAACAUUUUACUCGAGUCCUCCUAAUCAUUCCAUAUCAAGUCAGAAACUGUGGCCUGUCAUUUGGCCAGGACAAUCAACAGAGAAGCCCCGCGGGUGGGUGUUUCCCAACAAUGGAAGAUAUUUGACAAUUGGAGUUCCAAAUCGCGUUAGUUAUCGCGAAUUUAUCUCUCAAGUGCCAGGCACUGAAAUUUUCGCUGGCUACUGCAUUGAUGUUUUUACUGCAGCUGUCAACUUGCUGCCUUAUGCUGUCCCUUAUAAAUUAAUUCCAUAUGGGGAUGGAACAAAAAAUCCAAGUGAUACUGAGCUUGUACGCCUGAUUACAACUGGUACCUAUGAUGCAGCAGUAGGUGACAUUGCAAUCACGACUGACCGAACGAGGAUGACAGACUUUACGCAGCCAUAUAUUGAGUCUGGACUGGUUGUAGUGGCCCCGGUAAAGAAGAUCAACUCUGAUGCUUGGGCAUUUCUGAGGCCAUUUACUCGCCAGAUGUGGGGUGUUACUGCUAGCUUUUUCAUAGUUGUAGGAAUAGUUGUUUGGAUUUUGGAGCACAGGUUGAAUGAUGAAUUUAGAGGUCCUCCUAGAAGACAGUGCAUCACUAUUCUAUGGUUUAGCUUUUCAACGAUGUUCUUCGCCCACAGAGAAAAUACCGUCAGCACACUUGGUCGCAUUGUUUUGCUCAUAUGGCUGUUUGUGGUGCUUAUAAUCAACUCGAGCUACACCGCGAGCCUUACCUCAAUCCUUACAGUACAGCAGCUUUCUUCUCCCAUUAAAGGGAUUGAUACUUUAAAGGAAAGCAAGGAUCGCAUUGGUUACCAGCAAGGUUCAUUUGCGCGGGAAUAUCUAAUUAAUGAACUCGAUAUUGAUGAGUCUAGACUCGUUCCACUUGUCCUGCCAGAUGACUAUGCAAAAGCCUUAAAAGAUGGUCCCGGGAAAGGCGGUGUUGCUGCUGUGGUCGAUGAGCGUGCAUAUAUGGAGCUCUUCCUCUCCACGCGAUGUGAAUUCAGUAUCAUAGGUCAAGAAUUCACCAAGAAUGGGUGGGGCUUCGCCUUUCCAAGGGACUCGCCUUUAGCAGUUGAUAUGUCAACUGCAAUUCUGAAACUAUCGGAAAAUGGGGACCUCCAGCGGAUUCAUGACAAAUGGCUUACAAGAAGUGCCUGCAGUUCAACAAGUACAAAGUUAGAGGUAGAUAGGCUUCAACUCAGAAGCUUCUGGGGCCUCUUUCUGAUAUGCGGGUUAGCUUGCUUGCUUGCUCUCUUGUUAUAUUUUCUGAAGAUGCUGCGGCAGUUCAGCAGGCAAUACUCCGAGGAGUUGACUUCUUCUGGUAGGAAUACAACUUCUGCACGUGUUCAGUCAUUUUUUUCAUUUGUUGAUGAGAAAGAAGAGGAAGUGAAGCAUCGCUCCAAGAGAAGGCAAAUGGAAAGACUUUCUAACAGAGAUGAAGAGAAAUCGACGGAUGGUUCUGGUUCUUCCAACGAAGUUCAUGUUGAAUCACCUCCAAACAAUGGUCUUUAUAUUGGUAAUGAAGUAUAAUACUCAUCACCGCCCAACAAUUACAUGCAGUUAGUCAUAUAAGAUCAAAAGAGCUCUUUUUUCAGGUGGCACUCCGCAAGAAAUGAGGCCUCCUGGCAUAUAACACUUGGCAGCAGUUUUGGUUUAUAUAACAGAAAUGUAACAUGUUGCUGCACUUUUUUUUGGUCUUGACAGUCAUUCUCCAGGAUGCUGGAAAAGACAUCCUUGAACCCUUUGCUUUGUAUCCCAAACGAGGAAAAAGUGACAGCACAAUUUCAAUCUAAUUUGUGAAAAUGGUAUAAUUUGAAAUACCAUAUUAAUUACAAA